AUGUUCCAAGCUCGUUUUUGCUCAGUAAUUGGAGAUUCGAGAGACAUUGACAAAGAAAACGUGAAAAGUAAAAAUCGGAAAAGGAAAGAGGCGGAUAAACCGGUGUAUCUUCACAGAUCCAAGAGUACAAAAAGCUCGAAAAGGUUAGUACCAAGGGUUUGCAAGUCAUGGGGAAGAGCAGUAAGGGGGCCUUAUUGUUGGCAAGAGAUAGACAUUGAGGAAUGGAGUCGAAACUCCAAGCCUGAAAUUGUAGACCGAAUGGUUCGAUUGCUUAUCACGAGAAGUGGUGGCUCCCUCAAGAAACUCUGUGUAUCCGGUCUCUCUAGUGACCAGACCAUUUUGUUCAUUGCAAACCAUGCGAAAUCUCUCAGGACUCUGCGACUGCCAAGAAGUGAAAUAAAUGAUUCAAUUGUGGAAAAGGCUGCUGGGAUGCUUUCGACUAUUACAUGUUUAGAUUUGAGCUACUGCAUUAACAUAGGAGCCGAAGCCCUUGAAGCCUUAGGGAAGCACUGUAAAUUUCUCACCAGUUUGCGCCGCAUAAUGCACCCUCUAGAAGUGAUCAACAAACUUUCCCAAGACGAUGAAGCCCUCGCGAUUGCUGCUACAAUGCCUAGUCUCAAGCAUCUCGAGAUUGCCUACUUGCUUGUUAGCACAGAAAGUGUAAUCGAGAUUCUUAAAAACUGCGAACAACUCGAAUUAAUUGAUCUACGGGGUUGUUGGAAUGUCAAUCUAGACGAGAAGUUUGUGAAAAAGUUCACAAAAUUGAAGGUGAUUGGACCCAUGGUUGUUGAUUGUUAUGACAUGAAUGGUUGGGAGAACUGCUCAGAUUAUUCGGCCUCGUCUGGUUACCUAGCCUGGGACUUUGUGGCUGGCGAUAUAGACGAUGAUUAUGCCGAGAUGUUGGAUGAUCUUUGGGAAGGCGACCAUCCUUUGGAGGACAUUGAAAUGUGGUUCUACGAUGAUGUUAAUGCUGUUGAUGCUGGAUAUGAUUGGCCUCAGUCUCCUUAA